AUGGGAACUCUCUGCUGUCAACCAUUGCUGGUCGGUGGUACCCGGGAGUGCAGGGUUGUGAGGCAGAAAGGUCCCUCUCAAUGUACUUUCCUCUCUAGUAUCAAUUCCUCUCGGGCCACCACGUCUCUGGAACUUGUGAAACGAAUUGAACUUAAAAUCUUUUCUGGAGAUAUCCAUUUUCCUGGAGAGACAGAUAAGAUAUCCCGACAUACCGGCGUUUUGAUACCACCAGGAACAGGAAAAAGAAAUUCCAAGGAAUCCAAAAAAGUGAAAAAUUGGAUCUAUGUCCAACGGAUUACACCUAGCAAGAAAAAGUUUUUUGUUUUAGUUCGACCUGUCGUCACAUAUGAAAUAACGGACGGUAUAAAUUUAGCAACCCUUUUUCCACCGGAUCCAUUGCAGGAAAGGGAUAAUGUGCAACUUCGAAUUGUCAAUUAUAUCCUUUAUGGAAAUGGCAAACCGAUUCGAGGAAUUUCUGACACAAGUAUUCAAUUAGUUCGGACUUGUUUAGUAUUAAAUUGGAACCAAGACAAAAAAAGUUCUUCUUGCGAAGAAGCCCGUGCUUCUUUUGUUGAAAUAAGGACAAAUGGUUUGAUUCGACAUUUCCUAAGAAUCAACUUAGUGAAAUCCCCUAUUUCGUAUAUCGGAAAAAGGAAUGAUACGUCGGGGUCAGGAUUGCUCUCUGAUAAUGGAUCAGAUUGUACCAAUAUCAACCCCUUUUCUUCUAUUUAUUCCUAUUCCAAGGCAAAAAUUCAACAAUCUCUUAACCAAUCUCAAGGAACUAUUCAUACGUUGUUAAAUAGAAAUAAGGAAUGUCAGUCGUUGAUAAUUUUGUCAGCAGCCAAUUGUUCUCGAAUAGGGCCAUUCAAGGAUGUAAAAUAUCACAGUGUGAUAAAAGAAUCAAUUAAAAAAGAUCCCCUAAUUCCAAUUAGGAAUUCAUUGGGCCCUUUAGGAACAUCCCUUCCAAUUGAGAAUUUUUAUUCAUCUUACCAUUUAAUAACUCAUAAUCAGAUCUUAGUAACUAACUAUUUGCAACUUGACAAUUUAAAACAGACUUUUCAAGUGAUUAAAUUAAAAUAUUAUUUAAUGGAUGAAAAUGGAAAAAUUUUUAAUCCCGAUCCAUGUCGUACCAUUAUUUUAAAUCCAGUCAAUUUGAAUUGGUAUUUUCUCCAUCACAAUUAUUGUGAAGAGACAUCUAAAAUAAUUAGUCUUGGACAGUUUAUUUGUGAAAAUGUAUGUAUAGCCAAAAAUGGACCGCCCCUCAAAUCGGGUCAAGUUAUACUUGUUCAAGUUGACUCGAUAGUGAUACGAUCAGCUAAGCCUUAUUUGGCCACCCCCGGAGCAACUGUUCAUGGCCAUUAUGGGGAAACCCUUUACGAAGGAGAUACAUUAGUUACAUUUAUAUAUGAAAAAUCGAGAUCUGGUGAUAUAACACAAGGUCUUCCAAAAGUAGAACAGGUGUUAGAAGUGCGUUCGAUUGAUUCAAUAUCCAUGAAUCUAGAAAAGAGGAUUGAGGGUUGGAACAAAUGUAUAACAAGAAUUCUUGGAAUUCCUUGGGGAUUCUUGAUUGGUGCUGAGCUAACUAUAGCGCAAAGCCGAAUCUCUUUGGUUAAUAAAAUCCAACAGGUUUAUCGCUCCCAGGGGGUGCAGAUUCAUAAUAGGCAUAUAGAAAUUAUUGUACGUCAAAUAACAUCAAAAGUGUUGGUUUCAGAAGAUGGAAUGUCUAAUGUUUUUUCACCCGGAGAACUUAUUGGAUUGUUGCGAGCAGAACGAAUGGGGCGCGCUUUGGAAGAAGCGAUCUGUUACCGAGUCGUCUUAUUGGGAAUAACAAGAGCAUCUCUCAAUACUCAAAGUUUCAUAUCUGAAGCGAGUUUUCAAGAAACUGCUCGAGUUUUAGCAAAAGCGGCUCUCCGGGGUCGUAUCGAUUGGUUGAAAGGCCUGAAAGAGAACGUUGUUUUGGGGGGGGUGAUACCCGUUGGUACCGGAUUCAAGGGAUUAGUGCACCCUUCAAAACAACAUAACAACAUUCCUUUGGAAACAAAAAAAAAGAAUCUAUUCGAGGGGGAGAUGAGAGAUAUUUUGUUCCACCACAGAAAAUUAUUUGAUUCUUGUCUUUCAAAAAAUUUCCACGAUAUACCCGAACAAUCAUUUAUAGGAUUUAAUGAUUCCUAACAACGGAUUCAUCUCUUUCGCUAUCUGCAUUUGGUAUGGUUAUUUGCUUUGGUAAUAAAAAGAAUAAUGAAUAGAAAAGAAUAAUGGUUUGGGUCGUGUAUCUACGUCCAAUCUACGGUAGAAGAGAAGGUUCCAUCGGAACAAUUAUUUAUUUCAGUUCAGGGUUCCUCGUCUCUUUUUUUUUUUGAAAAAGAAUAAAAAAAAAAGGGGGGGGGGUGUGGGGAGAAAUGACAAGAAGAUAUUGGAACAUAAAUUUGGAAGAGAUGAUGGAGGCAGGAGUUCAUUUUGGUCAUGGUACUAGGAAAUGGAAUCCUAAAAUGGCGCCUUAUAUCUCUGCAAAGCGUAAGGGUAUUCAUAUUACAAAUCUUACUAGAACUGCUCGUUUUUUAUCAGAAGCUUGUGAUUUAGUUUUUGACGCAGCAAGUAGGGGAAAACAAUUCUUAAUUGUUGGUACCAAAAAUAAAGCAGCUGAUUCAGUAGAGUGGGCUGCAAUAAGGGCCCGGUGUCAUUAUGUUAAUAAAAAGUGGCUUGGCGGUAUGUUAACGAAUUGGUCCACUACCGAAACAAGACUUCAUAAGUUCAGGGACUUGAGAAUGGAACAAAAAA